AAUGGCGGCGGCAGGAGGAUGGGGAGGCCCCAAGGAGGAGCCGCCGGUGCAGUACCACAUGUCGGACGACGAGGAGGACAAGGCCUUUUACGCAAGAGCUGGCGAGCCACGAUCACCGACCUCGCCGGUUGGAGGUCCCGCCGUCGCAGACGCAGAGGCAGCUGGCCUCGACGACGACAUGGACGCUGCUGGGUAUUCGUCGGCGGCGGAGUCGGAUGAAGCUGCUUGGUCGAACUUCGAGUACGAGGACGAACCUCCGGAUCCUGUUGCAGCGCAGCGGCAGUCAAACGAAUUCGCGGAGUACGCGCUGCACCACUACAACGCCGACCCAAACAACAGGGUCAAGUACGAGCUCGUCGAGGCCACCCUCAGCACCUACAUCUUCGUCGGGUACGGCCAUGUCAACUUCGUCGCCAGGCCAUGUGGCGGCGGCAAGGAGCGCUUCUUCUUCGCCGAGGUGCAUCAGCAGCUAGAAAGAGACACCAUGAUCCCGACCUGCCUCCACUCCCUCGAUUCAGAGGAUGACCGGGUUGGUGGCCUCGAAGACGAGCCCGUCUCCAUCUCGCAGUGGGAUGAAGUCGGUGCACACUACUGCUUCGCAUGCUCCGAUGCCCUGAAGCACCCAAAGGACGGGACUUGCUACAAAGCCGGGCACUACGAAAAAUUGCCCUGGACUAAAGAUAGCUAGCCAUUUUCCUUCAUUUUCUAGUUGA